AGAGCGACAAUUCCUCUCCGCUCUCAGGUCUCCGCUUUCUGGCCCUCCCAACUCCUAACACUUUGUAUCCGUCGGUCUCCGUCCUCCCUCGGCCGCCUGCCUCCCCGACUAGCUGCCCUGCCCGGAGGACACCUCCCUUCUUCUUCAUCUUCUUCUUCCCAUUGCCACCGGAGGAAAAAAGGCACGCAAUUUUCAUUGCAAUCUAUAUCUCAAUCAGCAGCAAUACUGAGAUCAUUUCAGAACCAGGAAAAAUAAGAACAGAGUAAUUGUAUGAUGGACGCUUCGGCAGCUGCUUCGACAUCGUCGUCAUCAUCAGCUGGAGCUGAUUAUCUUCCCGAAACCCUAAGCCGGUCCUAUUCAUCCUCUCUCCUCGAUCACGACCGUCCACUCCAUCGCUUCAAAUCUUCUUCCUUAUCCUCAUCUCCCUCCGAUCCAUGCCUCUAUAAAUCCGCCUCCUUGAGUAAGCUCAACGCCCGCGCUCCCGAAUUCGUUCCUCGCAUCUCGAUUUCGUCCGCCGCUGCGUCUCCUUCGUCUUCGCCGUCUCUCUUGUCGCCCUCUGUAUCUUCCCCCUCCUUGUCUUCCUUGUCGUCUUCCUGCGGGAACUUGCUGUCCUUGGUUCAGUCUGAGCAGCAGAGCGAUCUCGCCGCUACUUUCGUCGUUCCCCGCCCUCCUGGAGUUCCCUCCUUGGUACAUGUGUUUAAUUCCAAUGGGGCUUCGUCUUCGGCCUCCUCCAGAGCUGUCUUUCAGCUGACGUCGUCCUCGCUCGACACCAAUUUGGCCUCCGCCUUGGGGUACCCUUCGCAGCUCCAAUUGUACGGUGUUGCUGCUCCUGGACUUGGAGGCUUUCUCAAUCAACAGCAGGACCUUUCUGUCCUGGCCCACUCUAGUUCCGAUGCUUUUGAUCCCUCCAAAAUUGGCCUAUCUGAAGAGAUUGCUCUCAAAAUUAUCAAUCAGGUGGAGUUUUAUUUCAGUGAUAUAAAUCUGGCCACUACUGGUUUUUUGUAUAAAAUUAUGGUUAAAGAUCCUGAAGGAUUUGUACCAAUAUCUGUCAUUGCAUCGAUAAAGAAGAUCAAAACUCUCACUAAAAGUCAAUCUCAGCUUGCCAGUGUCCUUAAGGGCUCAUCAAAGCUUGUUGUUAGUGAGGAUGGAAAAAAGGUCAGACGCCUGCAUCCGCUGACUGAAUUAGACAUGGAAGAUGUGCAAUCCAGGAUAAUCAUUGCUGAAAAUCUGCCGGAGGACCACUGUCACCAGAAUUUGCUGAAGAUUUUCUCAGCAGUGGGAAGUGUAAAGUCCAUUCGAAGUUGUCAGCCUAGUGGACCAACAGUAACAUCUACAUCUAGAGCUGCGAAAGGAGAUCCUGUGAACUUCAGUAACAAGUUGCAUGCAUUUGUGGAAUAUGAAUCAGUAGAACUUGCUGAGAAAGCGGUUUUGGAGCUAAAUGAGGGUAACUGGAGGAAUGGUCUCAAAGUGCGGUUACUGCUUAAACGCUCACCCAAAGCUGCUCAGGCACGUGAUAAAAAAGCUGGUCACGAGGGCGAGUACAGCUUCAAGGACGAAGAUGGAUUUGGACCAGAGCACAUACAGCAACAUGAGAAAUGUUUGGAUGAUUUUGUGCAACCACCAAAUGAGCCUAUGUGGGAGGAACAUGGCAACAACAAGGAAGGUGGACUGAGAAAAAGCAGAAGUCGUGAGUUUCGCGAAGUUAAUGAAAAUCGUGGUUGGGGAAAGGGACGUGGACGCCCUGCAUAUAAUUCCAACAAUCGUGGAAAUCAUCCAGGGGUAACUUCAAAUGUUCCCUUGAAUAUUGAGCAGCCAACUGCGGCUAAGCAGCCUCCAGUGCCACGGAUGCCAGAUGGAACAAAGGGGUUCUCCAUGGGUCGUGGAAAGCCAGUUGCUGUCAGAAUCGCUUGAGACUCCUACUCUUGUAAGGAAGUUGAGUUGACACAAGGUCAGUCUGGGAGUUAUAGUUCAUCUCUUUUUCGGCAGCAUUCGUAGGAAGAAAGGAGCAGAUGCGGUUUUCUUGGUCGCUGCCUUUUUCUUUCUUUCUUUCUUUUUUUUUCCCCUUUUUCUUUCUCCUCGAGGAUAAUUCAGUGUAAAAAUGAAAACAAAAAAAAAAACCUUGGGGAUUACCCUAUACCCUAAAAGCAGAAAGGUGAAUAGAUAAGUAUUCUGUAGUUUAAUA